GUGCGCUAUGUCCACAGCGUGCGGUUCUAUUCUGUACAUUCCGAGAGCUACAAGUGCACUAAACCAACCUCUCUGGUUGUACGUUAUGUUGUACUGUUCGGAAAAAAUUAGCUUAGGAUUUUGAUAUGUGUAUUCCAUUUUUUAGUGCAUAGAAAUAAACCAUUUAAAUAUAGUUGUUAGAAAAUUACGAAUAUUCUUUGGUAACAAGAAGAAAUGGAAGCUGUAUUGAAAGAAUUAGCCGUAGCAUUGUACGACAUUGAGGCAGUGAAAUUUGGAGAUUUUAAGACCAAGGUCGGUUUAAAAACACCAGUGUAUUUCGAUCUGCGAGUGAUAAUCUCGUAUCCCAAAUUGAUGUCUAAAUUGGCAAAAGUUUUGUGGACUCUUCCAGAAGACACAACCAAAGUAUCCAAGAUUUGCGGAGUUCCAUAUACAGCACUGCCAUUGGCUACUGUAAUAUCGGUGGAAAAUGAUAUCCCAAUGCUGAUGAAAAGAAAAGAAGCAAAGACACAUGGCACAAAAAAAUUGAUCGAAGGUGCUUUUUCUCCUGGUGAGAACUGUGUGAUCAUUGAAGAUGUUAUUACAAGUGGCAGCAGUAUUUUAGAAACUAUUGAAGCUUUGAAGAAGGAACAUUUGAAUGUGACAGAGGCGUAUGUGAUAAUUGACAGGGAGCAAGGUGGGAGAAAAAACCUUGAAAAUCAUGAAAUCAAGGUAAAGAGUUUGUACAAGAUUAAGCAGUUGAUGCAAUAUCUUUUUGAGGCCGGUAAGAUCACACAGGAAAUUGUCCAAAGUGUGAAUGAUUAUUUAGCAGCGAAUAAAGUGCCAAGCUUGUCUAUUCAAGGUGUACCACAUGAUAGAUUGCAAAUGUCAUAUUCUAAGCGUGCAAAAUUAACAAAAAAUUCGUUGGCCUCAGAACUGCUGGAACUGAUGGAAUCCAAGCAAACCAAUCUUUGUCUGGCAGUUGAUUUAAAAAAAGCGGACACGAUUUUAGAUUUAGCUUUUGUAGCUGGACCUCACAUUGCUGUGCUGAAGACCCACGUGGACAUUAUCGAGGACUUCAGCAGUGACUUCGUCCUUCAGCUCAAGAAAUUGUCAAAAGAACAUAGAUUCUUGCUAAUGGAAGAUCGCAAAUUUGCCGACAUAGGCAAUACGGUGUCGUUACAAUACAGGCACGGCCUGUAUAAAAUCGCUGAAUGGGCCAACCUGAUCACAACGCAUCCGGUGUCAGGCGCGUCUGUUAUAGACGCGCUGAGAAACGGUUUGAAGGACAUAACUGAGCCUCGAGGUAUUUUCUUGGUCGCCGAAAUGUCGUCCAAGGGCGCACUGACUACGGGUGAUUAUGUAAAGAGCGCUGUAUCGAUGGCCGAGGACGCUUCCGAUCUGGUAGUGGGUCUGGUGUGUCAAUCUAAUCUCUCGGGGCAACCUGGACUUCUUCAAAUGACGCCUGGCGUCAAGUUGUCUCAAGGUGGCGACGAACUGGGACAGCAGUAUAACAACCCUGAAUCGGUGAUCAAUGCGGGCGCCGAUUUAGCUGUCGUUGGGAGAGGUAUUACGGAAGCGUCCAAUUGGUUAGAAGCAACUGUGGAAUAUAAGAAACAGCUAUGGGAAGCUUAUGAAAAACGAACAAAAGCACAUGUUAAAAAACGAUCCAACAUUGACAGAUAUUAAGCUCUAUUUCAGCUGGAUGUGCUUCACAGAAUUAUUUCGUGUCUGACACCCAUAUCUGUUAUCUGUUUAGUACACAUAUACAGUGACGUCUUGUACAUAUAUAUACAUAUGUAUAUAUAUAUAUAUAUUUACCACAUAUAUACAAAAAUUUGGUUACAUUCAAUAUACAGUCGAACCUCAAGGGGCUAAAAUCUUAGAAUUUAUAGAAGUUUCGACUUAUCGAAGUUUUUUUCCUUUCCGCGGUGCGGAACAAAAUUUUUGUUUUAUAGAGGUUCGAGUUAUCGAGGUUUGUAAUUUUUUUAUACAUAACGAAAGACAAUAAUUUAUUUUGUUUGACAAUAGCAUUUAUCAUCUUUACUAUACAAACUGUACGUUAUGUGUUUUAUGAUUUUUACAUAUCAAAAAUAUGCGCGAGUGAAUUUUGUUGUUGAAAUACACACGCACAACACAUUGACUCCAAAAACAAUGGGUCCAAGAGAAGAAAUAUUUUUUUAUAUAAAAAAUAUUUUUUUUUAGCGAAAUAUAUGGUGUAACUGCAGAGAAAUCAAGAUGUAUAUAUUUUGUUAUAACAAAUUUGUUACAAAGUAUAUCCUUUCGUAUAUCGUAAGAAAUAAAUUUUAAUACGCGUGAUAAAACAC